GCGUCUUUAGGUGAGUGUGGAGGGCUCGGCUACCUGGGACCCCAGCCUGGUGGGUUGACAACCCGAACCCCAGCUUCCUCGAGAACUGGGAGUCAGCACCAUGGCAGAAGACAUCAAGACCAAAAUCAAGAAUUAUAAGACUGCCCCUUUUGAUAGCCGCUUCCCCAACCAGAACCAGACCAGGAACUGCUGGCAGAACUACCUGGAUUUCCACCGCUGCGAGAAGGCAAUGACCGCCAAAGGGGGUGAUGUCUCUGUAUGUGAAUGGUACCAGCGUGUAUACAAGUCCCUCUGUCCCAUAUCCUGGGUCUCAGCUUGGGAUGAGCACCGGGCAGAAGGCACAUUUCCUGGGAAGAUCUGAACUGACUGCACCCCUCCUCUCCUCUGUCCUCUGUCCUCCCAGGGUGGGUAAAGGGGGACCUGGGUACAUGGUGAUCCCUGCCCUGGGACCCUGAAUCAUGACUUAACUAAUAAUAAAAACUCAUUGGAAAACUGUAA